ACAUCUAUAAAACGCGGAACGAAAACCUCUUGCCCCACCACCGUUUCAUAUAGAGCCAGCUUUCUAACUUUGCACAGUAUACAGUUGAACGUUCACCAUGAAGGAACAAUCGGGCAUUAAUAACGAUAAGGCUAUCAUCUUAGAAGAAGGAUUCGGCAACACUGAAGGAACAUCCGUCACUGAGCCUAUGGUGGAGAGAAAAAAGAAGAAAUGCAACUUGGAAAGAUUUUUAAUGUACGCAAGACUUCUAAUGUUUUUCAAAGUUAUAAUAUUCGUCGCGUGGUUGUGCGCUCACGUAUAUAGGAAUUAUCGUAAUCAAACCGAACAAGAGAAGAUCAUAAUGAUAGACACCGCUAAAAGAGCGGAAGAGGCGUAUUUUUUGGAAAUGCAAAAUCGCUUACAAGAAGUGCAAAAUUGGCAAAGCAGAUUGUAAGCACUUUUGAGAAUCAGUUGGACAAUGAUAAAGUGUCAUUAGCAGAACGAUGCAAGAAAUUAAUUUGCGAUGAGGGUGCAACAUCGAGGGUAAAUCGUUUGCUUUGGGCAAAAAAGAUGGAAAUAAAAAUGGAGGAAAAUCUGUAAAACAAUAAAUUGGAAGAAAGAGUCAUUGUCAACCCAAGUGUGUGAGGAGGUUGAUUUAAAGUGAAAAAAGCUUCUCGGUGCUCCACCUAUAGUGGUCACGUCCAGAGUUACAUACUGGUGAAUAAGAAUAUUAAUGACAAUAACAAUUGCAUCACGCAAGUCUACUAUCUCGCUUACUCUCGAAACGUUUGUGACUGACAUUGUUUUUGACCUAACUGAUAUGCGUCACUGCUUGAACGAAUAGUACUACUGUCAGAAACAUAUGAGGUGUCCAUUUUUCUAUUUUGACUAAUUGGAGACGUGUUCUUCCAAACACAUGGGUCAUCCUCUUACGCGCCAAUUCCUGAUUUGACUACACUAAUUUCGACUCAUCGAAGUCGUAAAAAAAUAUUCUAGUAUGGAAUUUUUAUUUUCUUCUGUUUGCAAACGUCAUAACGCUAAGGUACAAUUGUACUAUAAUUCAACGUGAAGAGAUGGCGAAUCUACGGAAUUAGAAACUGUAUAGAAAUAUUGAGAAAAUGGCUACGCCGAAAAUGUUGGAUCAACGACAUAUUGAGUGUUGCCUUCCUAGAAGAACUAUUAUCGACUGAAUCAUUCGACUGAAAUUUUUGUACAUAUUAAAUUAGCAAUGUUGCGGAUUUGCAAACUAAGACUGUGAAGAGACGUUAUUUUUUAUAUUUUCAUUAAUGAAAAUGUACGUAAACAUUGUGGACGAAAAAAUAAACAUCAUCAAGCAGAA